AUGGAACCAAAAGACCCCCCAGACCAGGCUAGACUACUAAGAUGGAGAGCCGAAGAGGAAUUAGAUGACCCCAUCCAACAUAAUCAGCACCUACCACCUGGUAAAGACCUUCAAUGGGAACUAUGGAAGACCAUCAAUAGAUUGAGAACUGGCGUCGCAAGAACAAGAUCUAAUAUGGUGAAAUGGGAUUUUAAUAAUAAAGAAGACGACAAGUGCGAAUGCGGCGAACGACAAACAGAUGAACACUUACUUAACUGUACUAUGAAUCCAACACAGUGUACCAAGAACGACCUAGCACAAGUGAACAAGAAUGCUAUAGACACAGCUACACAUUGGCUGCAAUAUAAGAUUUGA